CGAGAGAGGAAACCCGUAGCAGCAGGGUAGCGGGGAGAGGAGACGGGGAAGUGAGUGUAGCAGGUGGGCUGCUGCUGGUGUUACCUGCCUCGCUCUCUCUCUCUCUCUCUCUCUCUCUCUCUCUCUCUCUCUCUCUCUCUCUCUCUCUCUCUCUCUCCCUCUCUCUCUCCGCAGCCAGAUGAAUCAUUCUUCGUGUUUCUAACCCGCUGACGGGGAAACGCACGGGAGGGGAGCGGCGGACAGUCGACGCACUUUUGAAGGACAGAGAGAGGAAGAGACACUAGCGUGGGACGACAGCGAGACAAGAGAAAGAGGUCGUGAAGUGAAAAAGAGACGACGUGAGGCUGUUUAGCUCGGCAGUGUAGCUCCUCUUAUUAUCCUGAAGAGAGGUGGGCUUGUGCAGAGUAGUGGCGGCGCGCUGCAGGUGUUUUCAGAGGAGUGACCAUGAAGGACACGGGAGAAUCAAAGGACCACCAACUAACUGUUGCCUUGAGGAUCCGACCCCUCAGCGAUGCUGAGCAGGAGGAGGCGGCUACAAUCGUGGCCCACAGAGUGGACGACCAGAUGGUGGUUCUGAUGGACCCCAUGGAGGAUCCAGACGACAUCCUGCGUGCCAACCGCUCCAGGGAGAAGACUUACAUGUUUGACGUGGCGUUCGACUUCUCAGCCAGUCAGGAGGAGGUGUAUCGAGCUACAACCAAAGGGCUGAUCGAGGGCCUCAUAUCAGGCUAUAAUGCCACUGUGUUUGCCUACGGACCUACAGGUUGUGGGAAGACAUACACCAUGUUGGGGACAGACAAGGAGCCUGGCAUCUAUGUCCGAACCCUGAACGACUUGUUCCGUGCCAUUGAGGAGACCAGUGACGACAUGCUGUAUAGCGUCUCGAUGUCCUAUCUGGAGAUCUACAAUGAGAUGAUCCGUGACCUGCUGAACCCAUCCUCAGGCUUCUUAGACCUAAGAGAAGACUCUAAGGGAGUGAUUCAGGUUGCUGGCAUCACUGAGGUGUCUACCAUCAAUGCUCAAGAGAUCAUGGAAUUGUUGAUGAAGGGUAACAAACAGCGCACCCAGGAGCCGACAGCUGCCAAUCAGACGUCGUCUCGCUCCCACGCUGUGCUGCAGGUGGCCGUCAAACAGCAGAGUCGCUGCCGUGAUGUCCUGCAGGAGGUCCGCUUUGCACGCCUCUUCAUGAUCGACCUUGCCGGCUCCGAACGAGCAGCACAGACUCAGAAUAGGGGUCAGCGUUUGAAAGAAGGGGCCCACAUCAACCGCUCCCUCCUGGCUUUGGGCAACUGCAUCAACGCCCUGAGUGACAAAAAUGGCAACAAGUAUGUCAACUAUCGAGACAGCAAGUUGACUCGCCUACUGAAGGACUCGCUUGGCGGGAACAGCCGAACGGUCAUGAUAGCCCAUAUUAGUCCUGCCUCUGUGGCUUUUGAGGAGUCCCGUAACACGCUGGCAUAUGCUGACCGUGCCAAAAGUAUUCGAACACGGGUAAAAAAGAACCUGAUAAAUGUGUCAUACCACAUUGCUCAGUACACCAGCAUAAUCUCAGAUCUGCGCUGUGAGAUCCAGCGGCUCAAGAAGAAGAUUGCAGAUCAGGCAAGCCGCCAACUCAACUCAGACAGGGCUGACAUCCGCCACGUCCAGGCGGAGGUCCAGGCCCACUCCAGCCAUCAGAGUCGGGCGGAGAUGGAUCACUUGAGGGAGCAGCUCCUGGAUGCGUUCCGCCAACAGAUGGAGAUCAGGAAGAGCCUGAUGGAGCUGGAAAACAGCAAUAUGGAGAUCCAGAUCGACACCUCCAAACACCUGCUAACUAUUGCAGACUGGGAGCAGGAGCGGAGUAGGCGCAGGAGGAAGUGGCGGGCAGAAAGGAGAAAAGAAAGUGUGAAUAAGGAUGAAAGCGAGAAGGACUCCGACUCCCCGGAGUCUCCCCCUGACAGCUCUGAGACUCAGGAGGUGGCGAUAGCCAGAGAAAACCUGGUUACACUCAUGACUGAACAGAAAAAGAUCCACAAACAGAAGGCGUUGCUCGAGCGCAGGUUUCUGGAGCUUCGGGAUCGGGCCCGGCGCUUAGAGGAGCUGCUGCCGCGUCGGGUGAGCUCAGAGGAGCAACGCGAGGUCCUGGGCCUCCUCUGCAAGGUCCAUGAGCUGGAGAUCGAGAAUGCAGAGAUGCAGUCCCACGCGCUGCUCAAGGACAACGUCAUCCGGCAGAAAAACUUUGUGGUGCAGCGUUUCGAGCAGCACAGACACCUGUGUGACGAGAUCAUACAGCAGCAGAGGCAGUUCAUUGAUGACCACAGUCUGCUAGUACCUCCCCACCUCCAGGAGCUCUAUGAUAUGUACAUGAGGGAGCUUGAUGAGAGGGAACUGGACAGAGCCAUGGCCCUGGAUAAGGUGACAACCAGACAUACCAUCAAGGAGGGCUCUCUACCCAAGAUCACCCUACCCGGCCACGGUCGUGACAACAUGCAGGACAUGGACUCAGACCAGGAGAGUGUACGCAACAUGUGCUCUGACAACAGACGAGGCCAAGCUAAAAUCCGUAGACACACGUUGCCCCCCAUUCUGCCUGAGCCUGAGCUGGACAAUAACAGAGUUUUUAAAAGCAGCCCUCACGCCAGGCAGAUGAAAAACUCAGCAGUAAUGACUCCACCUCCCAUCCACAUCAACGGAAAGGGCAACAGAGAGCUGCAGCAACUGGCUCCUGAGAGCUCUCUGAGCUACAGCCAUCUCAGUCACAGUGUAAGCAGCCACCUGGAUUCAUCACCCGAGAGCAGCGAGGCAGGGGCUGAUAUCCCCCUUUCAAGAAGCGAGAGGCAGCAGAUCCUAAAGGGAGUCCAGAACAUUGUGGUGAAGGCAGCCCGUCGGCGCUCCAAAGCCCUGGAGGUGGAUGCCUUGCGGUUGCCCCCUCCUCCCUCUCCCUUGGACCCCAAGAAGCAGAAGAGCAGCCUGUCUUUAAGUGAGGCACCCCCUAGAGGUUUACCAAUGCGGCGUGGCAGGCAGCCUAGCCCUGAGCUCAGACACGCCACCUCAGAUGAUAACCUGUCCAGCAGCACUGGCGAGGGGCCCGGCCUGCAGGUGACCUGGACACGCCCACGUAACCGUCAGGUCGCCACCAAGAACCAAACCCCACGUGAAGUUGACUUUGAGGCUCGCCGCAAGAAGAGGCGUUCACGUUCUUUCGAGGUCACUGGUCAAGCACUGCCUCAAACCAAGACAACCACAGCUCAGAGGUUCCGCCCUCUGGACAGCACAUCAGACCCCCACCUCCACAUCAACGGUCAGCCCCAGGCCCCCAUGCUUCGCCCCCAGUACAGAGGGGUCCCUCCUCUUGCCAAAGUCAGGGCACCCCCUAACAACCUGCAAACAGGCUCAAAUGUAGAGUCCUCCACAGUCCACAUGAAUAACCUGAAGCGAGGGCCCCAGCUGCGGCAGCCCCAGCCCCUCCUCUACAUCACCACCACAGGCGCUGGGGGCCAGCGUACACGCAGACACUGAGUCGUCCACCCGUAUUUACUCUCAACACCAGCACUAACACUCAAACCAGCUGAUCCUGGAAGGGAACCCAACCCCCAGUCCCAUUAAAAUGAACACUUAACCCCUCAGUGACUGACAUUAGGCAAGAUUGUGAGACAGUAGCUCCACACAGAUCUCCUCUGCACUUUUGUUUUGAACACUGAGAGAUGGCGCUGAUUGACUCUGAGACCUGCAGACGCCAAAGAUUGCGUACAGUUUGUGUUCUGUUCUGUCAAGUGUUCCCACUUUAGCUUGCUGUCGUACUGAAUUACUUGUGUUAUCAUCAAGUCAGGAUGGUGUCAAGCUCAUUAUGAAUGCAACACUGUACUUAUGUUUGUGCAUUAUGAGUAUAUGCGGUUUGGUAAUGUUCAGUGCUUGUUAUGAAGGGUGGAGUUCUACUUUGAUGUCAUUAUAUUCAUGGGGCUCAGAGGAAAAGACUAUCUUUAUUCAACAAAGGAUAAAAAAGCUAAAAGGAUAUCACACUAAUGGCAAUGUAAAAUCUGUAUAAUGAGCAAUGGCCCAAAGUUUCAGCAUCAAUGUUUCUUGUAGUGAGGUUGUUUCAAUUUGAUGACACGCUGAUAUGUGAGUAAAAAGAAAAACUUGA